AAACCGAAAGUAAACUCGAGAGUAAAGGCGUGUUCUGAAGAGUUAAACUCCUUCUGUUCAGGUCUCAGAGUUGACGAUGAUGGACUCUCCAGAACCCAGCAGUGUGUCUCUGAAGAGUGACGGAUCAAUGCAUCAUCCUCCUAAACUCAGUGAUGGAGCGGUGACCUCUGACCUCAGUGAUGAACCAAUGACCUCUGACCCCAGUGAUGGAGCGGUGACCUCUGACCCCAGGAUGAUCAAACAAAGAAUAUCAUCUUCAGAACCCAGCUGUGUGUCUCUGAAGAGUGACGGAUCAAUGCAUCAUCCUCCUGAACUCAGUGAUGGAGCGGUGACCUCUGACCUCAGUGAUGAAGCGGUGACCUCUGACCCCAGUGAUGGAGCAGUGACCUCUGACCCCAGCCGUGUGUAUAGAGACGAUCAGAUACGAGCCCAGGAUCCUCCUCAAGCAGUGAAUGAUGAACUACAGAGAGUCAAAGAGCAGCACAAAACCAGCAUGAAGAACAAGUAUGAGAGAUUAUUUGAGGGACUGAAACUCCAGGAGAAUGAAAGCCUCCUGAACAGCAUCUACACACAGCUCUACAUCAUAGAGGGAGAGAGAGAAGGAGUGAAUGAAGAACAUGAGGUUUUACAGAUGGAGAAAACAGCCAGAACACAACCCUCACAAGACACUCCAAUCUACUGCAAUCACAUCUUUAAAGCCUCCGCUGAAGCAGGAUGUGAGGAGAAAGAGCAGAUCAAGACUGUUCUUACUAAAGGCAUCGCUGGAAUCGGAAAAACCGUCUCUGUGCAGAAGUUCAUUCUGGACUGGGCCGAGGGAAAAGCCAAUCGGGAUGUAGAUUUCAUGUUUGUGCUUCCAUUUCGAGAGCUGAACUUGAUCCGAGAUCAUCAGUACAGUCUUCACAGACUUCUGCUGGACUUUCAUUCUGAACUUCAAGAUCUGGACUCACAGAUUUAUGAGGAGUGUAAAGUUGUGUUCAUCUUUGAUGGUCUGGAUGAAAGCAGAAUCACACUGAUGUUUUCAGACGCUCAGAAAGUUUGUGAUGUGACUGAGACUUCAUCAGUGGCUGUGUUGAUGUCAAAGCUGAUGAAAGGAGAGCUGCUUCCCUCUGCUCUCAUCUGGAUCACCUCCAGACCAGCAGCAGCCAAUCAGAUCCCCUCCAAAUACAUCCACCGUCUGACAGAAAUUCAGGGAUUCACUGAGUCUCAGAAGGAGGAAUAUUUCAGGAAGAGAAUCAGUGAAGAGCAUCAAGCCAGCAGAAUAAUCUCACACAUCAGAAGAGCAAGAAGCCUCCACAUCAUGUGCCACAUCCCCGUCUUCUGCUGGAUCUCAUCCACUGUGCUUCAGAAGCUCCUGGAAGAAGAUCUGAGUGCAGAAAUCCCUCAAACUCUGACUGAAAUGUACAUCCACUUCCUGCUGAUUCAGAUCAACAUGAGGAAGCAGAAGUAUGAAGAGAGAGAUCCAGAGAAACUCCUGCCGUCCGACAGAGAAGUGAUUGUGAAACUUGCUGAAGUGGCUUUCAAACAGCUGAUGAAGGGCAAUGUGAUGUUCUAUGAGGAGGACCUGAUUGAGAGCAGCAUAGACGUCACUGACGCCUCGGUGUAUUCUGGGAUUUGCACUGAGAUCUUUAAGCAGGAAUCUGUGAUUCAUCAGAGGAAAGUCUACAGCUUCAUUCAUCUGAGCGUUCAGGAGUUUCUCGCUGCUUUCUAUCUGCUUUACUGCUAUUUAACAGAGAACAAGAAAACACUGGAUACAUUCAGUCCUUACAGAUAUUACUCUGAUAAAGACUCUGAAAGUGACUCUGAGAUAGACUCUCUGUAUGAUCUACUAACAUCAGCAGUAGAUAAAGCUCUUGAGAGUAAGAAUGGACGUCUGGAUCUGUUCCUGCGGUUCCUGCUGGGCGUCUCACUGGAGUCCAAUCAGAGACUCUUACAGGAUCUACUGACACACACAGAGAACAGCUCAGAGACCAUCAGGAAAACCACACGGUACAUUAAACAGAAGAUCAAGAGAGGUAAUGAUGAUGAUGAUGAUGAUGAUGAUGAUGAUGAUCUACUGAUGGUCAAGAGAGGUUAUCGUCUCUCAGCUGAUCAGUCGAUCAAUCUGUUCCUCUGUCUGCUGGAAGUGAAAGAUCAGACUCUGUUCAGAGAGAUUCAGGAGUUUGUGAAAUCAGACAAACACUCAGAGAAGAAACUCUCUGCUGCUCACUGCUCAACAAUCUCCUACAUGCUUCAGAUGUCAGAGGAGACACUGGAUGAACUGAACCUCAAGAAAUACAAGACAUCAGAUGAGGGGAGAAGAAGACUGAUACCAGCUGUGAUCAACUGCAGAAAAGCUCUAUUUUCUGGCUGUGAUCUCUCAGAACAGCAUUGUGAAAUUGUGUCUUCAGCUCUACAAUCCUCAAACUGUGUCCUGAGAGAGCUGGAUCUGAGGAACAAUGACCUGCAGGACUCUGGUGUAAAGUUUAUUUCUGAUGGACUGAAGAGUCCAAACUGUCAGCUGCAGAUACUGAGGUUGUCUGGCUGUAUGGUGUCAGAGGAAGGCUGUGGUUAUUUGUCUUCAGCUCUGAGUUCAAACCCCUCACACCUGAGAGAGCUGGAUCUGAGCUACAAUCACCCAGGAGAAUCAGGAGUCAAGCUGCUCAAACACAAACUGCAGGAUCCAAACUAUAAACUGCAGAUACUCAAUGUGGAUCAUGGAGGAGAGAAGAGGAUGAGAGCAGGACCACGAAAGUGGGCCUGUGAUCUCACACUGGAUCCAAACACAGCAAACACUCGACUCGUUCUGUCUGAUGAGAACAAGAAGAUCACACGUGUGAAAGAUCAUCAGCCGUAUCCUGAUCAUCCAGAGAGAUUUGAUCAAGUUCAUCAGGUUCUGAGUGUUGAGAGUCUGACUGGACGCUGUUACUGGGAGACUGAAUGGAGCGGAGAUAGUGCUGAAUUAUCAGUGACAUAUAAAGGAAUCAACAGGAAAGGAAGAGAGAGUGACUGUGUGUUUGGAUGCAAUGACAAAUCCUGGAGUCUGUUCUGCUCUAAUAACAGUUUCUCUGUCUAUCACAAUAAGAACAGAACUGUUAUCUCUGCUGUCCGUUCAUCCUGUAAGAGAGUAGGAGUGUAUUUGGACGUGUCGGCCGGCUCUCUGUCCUUCUACAGCGUCUCUGACACACACACACUCACACACUUACACACACACACACUCACACACUUACACACACACAACACCACAUUCACUGAACCCCUCUACGCUGGAUUUAGGGUUUAUUCUUAUUCCUCAGUGUCUCUGUGUGAUAUUAAAUGAUAGAGAGACUCUUUCUGAUGUUCACAUGCACACAAACUCAUCUAAUCUCACAUCACUACAUUUCUAUUCAUUUUUAAUUAGUUUUUCAUCAUCAUACAGAAGUUAUGAAUCUAGAUCAGACUCAUACUGUUCUGAAUCUUUAAUAAACAGAGUAAUAUGUGUGCUUUAAUAUUUCUAUUGUAAACUGCUCAUCAAAUGUAAUAAAAGUCCAUGAGUGACUCAUUUGAUCCUGAA